GUCAAGUAACCAAAUAACGAACGUCAUACAAAAAUAGUAUCAAGAUGAAAGUUAUUUUUAAUGUUUCGCAUAAAAAUUGAUUUAUUAAACAUUCUCAAUAUUUUUAGAAUGGAAUAUUUAAUCCCAAAUGAAGAUUAUUGCUUUUGAUUGAUUUUUAUAUUGUGAACAUCUAACUCCAUUUCUAUUAUAGUUCACUUAAAUUAUGAUUCUUGUAAAGCAAACAUUACGAUUAUCUCGAUUAGGAAGCAAGGUAAUUCCGAGAACUACCAUAGUGUGGCCUACUGUCGUCAAACAUGGUGCACCUCGAGAUGACAGGUGUUCAAUUAAACAGCAAUAUUCUUACUAUAAAUGAUCUGCCGAAUGAAAUACUGAUAUAUAUAUUUUCCAUGAUUGACUUUGAAUCACUAUUGACGGUGGCUAAAGUCUGCAUUAGAUGGCAACAACUGUGCCUCACACCAUGUGUUUGGGACAACACACGUCUUAUAGUCUGUAUGAAGAACUAUGUCAGGAUUAGUGAAAGUAUUGUGCCUUUUGUCGCCAAGUAUUUAAAAAAUGUUAAAUUACAGUAUUUCAAGUUGUAUUCUCAGGUUAGGUCUUCCCUAAUAAGCUACUGCCCAAAUUUGACUCAUUUAGAAAUUAGCAUUUCACAAGUUGAUAGUUGUAUUUUUGAGGAUCUCGGACAUUGGCCUAAUUUAAAAUUCUUGAGUUUUCGUAACUCCCUGAUUGUACAGAAUCCAGAGAAUGCUAAUGGAAAUUUUGUAUACCAUCUACCAUUUGAAAAAUUGAGGUACCUGGAGACUCUGGUAUUAUCAAAUUUUGCAUUAACACACAGUAGUUUGUACAGCAUGUUGGAAUGUAAAAAUUUAGUCAGUAUUAGUAUGGAGAAAAUGAAAAAUAUUCCAGCAGACUUUCUAGAAUCAUUAUUGAAAACUAAACAGUCCACUUUACGAGCAUUGCAUAUUUAUGGGGAUACAUUGAAUGAUGACAUUAUAAGAUAUAUAGCCAGCUGCAAAUUCCUACAGGUGCUCCAUAUCAUGACUUGUAAAACAUUAUUUGAUUCCAGUUUGUUGCACUUGUAUAGGUUGAAAAACUUACAUUCUCUAAAGCUGCGUCAUGGAUAUUUCUCUACAAGUGCUUUACUUGCUUAUUUUUCUAAUAACACUUUUCAAAAUUUGACAUACUUGAGUCUGUCCAGAUGUUUGCACAUCACUAUGCAGGUUGCAAAAGUAAUAAAGACUAGUGCGCCAAAUCUUAAAGAACUCUCAUUCUAUCUAUGUCCUUUUAUUAUAGCCCCUGAUUUCAAUAGAUCUGAAUUAGAAAAAAUGUUUGAUAUACAAUUAUUACUUGAUUGAAGUAAAAUAGUUUAUGAAGUUGGUUAAUAAGAAGCAGCUUGACAUCCGUCCGCCACCUGAAUGUAACAGUUCAAUGUGUGAUUGCCUUUAAAUCAAAUUAUAGUAAUAUGUGUAUAUUAAAUAAAUUACAUAUAAGCACACACAUUAUUUAGCUUUAUAAUUAUUAGUUUAAAAAGUAGUUGAACAGUUCAUGACAUCUAAAUUUUAAUGAAAUAGUGCCUGAUUAUAAGUAGCAAUUUAUAAUAUUAUUGAAAAACUCAAUGAAAAUUUGAUCAUUAACUCUAUUCUAAAUUAUAAAUCAAUUUCAUAUUGAUAAUUAUUCUGAGAAAAUUAUGUUACAUAUAAAAUAAAUUACUGCAUGAAUAAACUAUUUCAUAGAAUAUUACACUAAGGAGAAUUUAUAAAUUUAAUAAUAUUAUUAUAAAUUCUUCUUAAUAUCACAAUAUUAUUUCAAUUAGCGAAAUAUAAAAUGAUUGUGUAUAACUCCAUGACAAAAAGUAUUUAAAAAAUUGAUAAAUUUAUUUUAAAUUAAUAGAUACUAUUAAUUUUAGUAUGUAGGUUGUGUUGUGAAUGUGUCAACUAAUAAGUAUUUAGAAUCAGUAUUUUUAAAUGUUAGUACAUCUUCCACACUGUAGGAAGACAGAUACUUAAAGUACCCACUUUUAUAGAUCUUAAUA